AUGGACUACACGCACAGGUGUAAUCGGCCUCACGACCGCAGUCGUCCUGCAAGAAACGCGGCGGUACAACGUCACCAUCGUCGCCGAGACCUUCCCCACCGACCCCAAGAACGCGCGCUACGCGAGCGGCUGGGCUGGCGCGCACUUCCUCAGCCAGGCGAUGAAGAGCAAGGAGCAGAAACCGCGCCGCUCUUCUCGCGCUUCACGCAGACGGAGUACAGAGACCACGAGCUGAAAGCGCACUGGCUCGAGGAGAUGCCCGACUUCGAAUACCAAACCCACACCCACACCCCUUCCUCCCUCCCCAAAAGCAUCCUCACCGCCUACUCCUUCACAACCCUCUCUAUCCACCCGACGCCGUACCUCGCCUACCUCCAGUCCCGCUUCCUCGCCGCGGGCGGAAAGCUCGUCCGCGGCACCGUGCAGCAUCUCGCACAGCUCGCAGAGGGCGGUGCGCAGGCGUUCGAGUCUCUCCCCGCUGGGUACGCCCCAUCCCAGUCCCAUACCCAGGCCCAAGAUGGACGUGAGAGACCGCAUGCGAUUAUCGCAUGCCCAGGUCUCGGCGCACGCUCGAUCGGCGGCAUCGAGGAUAAAAGCGUAGCGCCGAUGCGCGGACAGACGGUGCUCCUGCGUGCGCCGUGGCUCAAGCAUGGCUGCGGGUUCAGGGAGAAGGUAGGGCGCUACACGUACGUGGUGCCGAGGCCGGAUGGGACUGUCCUCGUCGGCUGUGCAACCAGUUCAAACUCGAACGACUGGUACCACCUCCCGCGCCCCCACACGACACACGAGAUCCUUCAACGAGCGCUCGCGCUCGUCCCUGACCUCGCACCACCACCACCUACAGAAAAAAGUGACACAUCCAAUCCAACACCCACACCAACAGACCGACACCCCCUAAUCCUCGAGACAGGCUGCGGCCUCAGCCCCGCCCGUGGCGGCUCGCGCGCCGAGGUCGAGUGGAUCCCCGCCGGACCCCGACCAAGCAGUACAGGAACCGAAGCUGCUACCAAAGAAGAGCAGACGCGGAUCCCGGUGGUGUUUAAUUACGGGCACGCGGGUUAUGGGUUCAGCACGUCCUGGGGGAGCGCGAAUCUCGCGCUGAGGAUGCUCGACGAGGCGUUGGCGGUGGGGUCGCCUCCGCCCAGUUAGGGAGGAUGGGAGAUGAAUUAAUGAAGUCGAAUGCGACGGGGACGGGUACAUGCAUGAAUGCGACGAUGUCGGUGUUUCAGACUUCGACAAACGAGGUGGAUUAGUUGCAUGGAUGGAUGGGAUGGAUGGGAUGGAUGGGGUAUGCGUGAACAACAGCAAAAGGUAUGGAUGGGUGUGCAUUAACAAAGGCGAUGACGUCCGUUCGUCUCGAUCGCGCGACAUAAACCGAGAUCCCGCAUGAGAGCAUGUAUGUAUGAAUACAGAAGUGUAAGCUAUGGCAUAAUGAUAUAGCUUCAGGCGAGCAGAACAGGGCGACUGCGAGAGGAAGAAAACACGAUGAACCAGCAUAAAGAAGAAAGCCAGAGAAGAAAACACAUUAUGGACACCGAUAACGACAACACAGACAUCAUAAACCGACCAUCUAGGCCCAACGGAGGAAAGAGAAUAGGAGAAAAAGAGCCGCUUAGAUACCGAUAAAAAAGCGUAUACCCGGACCUCACAAUAACAACAACGAUCCAUCAGAAUCCGAAGGAAAGGAUUCACCAGUACCCCGCCGGUGGCCACGUCGCAGAGCCAGUGUACGGACUCGCCACCCACGGCGAGCCAGGCGCCGGGACCUGCACCGGCGGCGCAGCAGGCGAGUGCCACGGGCUCUGCCACGGGCUCUGAAACGGCGUCUGAUACGGGCUCUGGAACGGCGACGCGUACGGCGAGUGCAGCGGCGACAUCGGCGAGCCCAGCGUGGGCACCAUCCCUGGCGCCGGAGGGCUGCCCAUCAUCAUCGGCGGUGCCGCCCCGUACGGGCUGCUGCCGACGCUCGGCGAGUACAUCACGGGCGGCGGCGGGUCGAAGUGCCGCGGCUUGGGGAGGUCGACGCGCGCGGCGCGGUCGUCUGGGCGUUGCCCGGAGAGGGCGGGGUUGGGCGACCACCAUGAGGAGGGGUCGGCGAGGAGGGCGGCUUUUUUGGAUGCCUCUUUUGCGGCGGCGCGGGCUUCGCGCUCUUCGCGACGGCGCUUGCGCCGGGCCUCGCGUUCUUCCUCAUCCAACGGGGAGGGGGCGGGGCGGUCGUGGGCGGGGGCGGGGUCCACGUCCAUGGGCUCUGCAGCUCGCGGGGUGGAAGUGUAGACGGGAGCGGCAGAGGGAGAGAGAUCGGCAGCAGCAGGAGGGGGUGUGGUGGAGCUAGAUGCUUCUGCGGCAGACGGGGAUUCCUCGCGGGGCGGAGGUGGGGGCGACUUGAGCUUGCGAGACUUGCGUUUCUCCUUCAAGACUUUCUCUUUCUGCUGCCAGGCCUCUUCCUUGGACCACUUGGAUUCAACAGGAGGGAUGACCUGAUAUGUGAUGGUCCCAGGCUCCUUGGUCUUGGAGAAAGAGACAUUCUUAGAGGUGCUGUCUCGUCGUCCUAGCGGCAUGCGGGCGUGUUAUCAGGGGUGAGGUUGAGG